CUCUUCAUUAUUAGCGAACGGCUACAGUACAAAAAGAAGGUUUUUUAUUAAUUAUUUAAUUGAUCACGGAAACUGGUUGAGUUGAAUUUGUGCUUUUUUUUCACAAUUUCUUAUCAGUAUGGGAAACGGUAUUUGUGAAGAUUUUGAUGAACGAUCGAAGCCUGAAGAGAGUGAAAAACCAGAAAACAGCUACGAAGAUGAGGUCGAAGUUUCUGACAGCAUAUCGGAAGAAGAAAUGGAAAUGCUUAACUCCCAGUUGGACCAGCUUAACUCUGCUCUUGAUGAUCUUGAAAUGAAGAAUGAAUACAUUCAAGCCAGGUUGUUGGAUCUCCUCAGGUGCAGUCGUGAAUAUAGGCAAGAGAUGCAGGAACAAAGCUAACUGGGGCUGCCAAUAAACACAUUCCUUAUAUAAUUAUUUCUAUUAUAUUUUUCAGACAGUUCAAGUUUGACUAGGAAAUAAUGCAUUUAUGUUUGUAUAUUAGUAUUCUUUUUUCCUUUCUUUUAGAGUUUUACAACUUCCUGUAAAAUAUAUCUAUAUUAAAAAAAAAUGUGUUACUGAGUUUAUAUUUUCUUACUUUUCUGUAUACACCCACUUUAGAAAGAUGUUUAUGAUGAUGAAAUCUAAUCUGAAUAUAUUUUUGGACAUAGGAUUUUUAUACUUUUGAUAUAUGAUAAAUUGGUUAUUAAAAAAUAUAUAUCUUAAAAUGAACUGCUGAUGUUAUUAAAUAAAAUAUUUAAAAAAACUAAAUACAGAAUAGAACUAUUAAGUUCUCAACUAUUAAGCAGUUCAAAAAUAUACCCUUUUCUGACCACCUACCUAUUGUGUUAAAUGUAUUAAUGCUAAAACAAUUUGUGAGAAUGAGAAAACACAGGCUAGUUUCACAAGUUAUACUCUACGGUAGACCACAUUAUAAAUUUGACGACUAUGAUUAGUUAACAUCAAAACAAAAAAGUUGGAUUUUUGUGCAGCUUUUGAUAGUAUUGGUUGACCACAUGCACUAUUUUAUAAAAUAUCAAAAACGUAUAUGUUAAAGUCUUGUUAGUAUUUGUUGGUUUGUGUACUGAAACAAUGGCAACAGUUUAAUGUUAUAAAGUGAACCAAAUUUUUUGAAUUUCCAAGUGGAAAGUGAGAGAUCUGUAAGAUUGAAUUGUAUACGACAGAUAAAAAAACUAUAGCCUAUGAUCCCAUAAGAUCAUGUCCAGGAGAUUUUCUACUUAGGUAAUUGUGAAUAUAGGACUUCAUUUCAGAUAAGGUGUAAUAGUGGGAUAAGUAGAAAGAGGGAUGUCAAGGUUUUUUAUUUACUUACUAUUCAAAUUGUGUAUUGUUUAUAUUAGGAUGAGGAGUAAAGGUGUGUUCAAAAUGA